AAUCGCCAUACCAGUUUCAGCCGCGUUGCCAUUUGGACGUCGCCGCAGCAAUAUUUGCGUUUUCGUAUUCAUUCGCACUGUCAUCUCAUCCCAUUGUUGGAUAUUGUCGCGUCCUGCUUUGAGCCCCUCCUCCGUUUCCGCCCUACCCUGCCGCUGCAAUUGCAAAGAAACAAACUUUUAAAGUGAAACGUGAAAUCUCAUACAGUACUCGAAGUACCGUUGCCAAAAAUAUUAUAUCUUAUUUUCGGGCAGAUCUUUGUUCGGUUCGGCUUUUGCGCCUGAAUCGGUGAACAACAUCGCAGCAGAUCAGAUCGGACGAUCAUCAACCACAGAACAACAAUAUGGGAAAGGCAGAGUGCAUUAGCUACGAUGAACAGCAGUUGCCUUACAUCGAUCUUGGAUCGGCUCGCAUCCGCAUGGAAAAGGAGCCGGCACCCGAAUGGGCACUCAAGAAGGCACAGGACGAAUUAAAUGAAACACCGGGCCACAAGGAGCAGGCUAUCAAGGAGCUAAGGGAACUUAUACAAAAUGAAAAGUAUCUAAACUUGCCACUGGAUGAUGAGUACAUGAUGAUGUUUUUGCGUCCUACACAUUACUAUCCAGAGAGUGCCUUGAAAAGGCUCAAGAACUUCUAUCACAUGAAACUGAAAUACGGCAUUGCCUGUGAGAACAUAAUCCCCGCAAAAUUGCGUAAUGUAUUUGAGGCAAAUAUACUAAAUCUAUUGCCAGAAAGAGACCAACAUGGUCGCCGUCUACUAGUGCUGGAGGCAGGAAAAAAAUGGAAACCAUCACAGGUGCCCUUGCCCGAUCUCUUCCGUGGGAUACAGUUGACAGUUUUGGGAUCGAUGGUGGAACCAUAUUCACAAAUCUGCGGAGCAGUUGUCAUCAUUGAUAUGGAAGGUCUGCCACUUAGCCAUAUUACGCAAUUUACACCAUCGUUUGCGGCCAUGUUGUUGGAUUAUGUACAGGAAUGCAUCUGCGUGCGCUUAAAGGCAGUUCACAUUGUGAAUAAUUCAUACAUAUUCAAUAUGCUAUUUGCCAUAUUCAAACCAUUCAUACGCGAAAAGCUGCGCAAGCGUAUCUUCUUCCAUGGCAAGGACUACAAGGCUUUGGUAUCUCACAUUCAAGCCAGUUCCUUGCCACCGAAAUAUGGCGGCACUGCAACAUGGGAGCUGCCUCCUGGAAAACUUCUGGGAGAGUUCUUCGAGUGUUAUUCCAAGGAUUACGAACUUGCUGACAGCUAUGGCUAUACUGCGGGCUAUAAAAUAAAGAAGUAG